AUGGCAUCCAGAGACCUGGCCAUGGGGAUCUUCUUCCUAUCUCAGACUGCACUGGGCAUGUUUGGGAACUUAGCCUUGCUUUGCUGUCUCAUUCUUUCUAACUUCAGUGGGAACAGGGUGAGGCCCACAGACCUGAUUAUCAAACACCUGACCUGGGCUAACAUCAUGGUUCUUCUCUGCAAAGGAAUCCCUCAGAUAAUGGCUGUUUUUGAUCAGGCAUAUUCUCUAGAUAAUAUUUCAUGUAAACUUGUCUUUUAUUUUCAUAGAGUUGCCAGGGGAGUAUCCCUUGGCUCCACAUCCCUGUUGAGUGUCUUUCAGGCCAUUACCAUCAGCCCCAGUAAUUCCAAGUGGGCACAGCUCAAGGUCAAAGCCCCUAGGUUAAUUGGUCCUUUCCUAGGCCUGUGCUGGGCCCUGAAUCUACUUACAUGUAUCUUUCUCUUUAGUACAGUGACUGACAUGAGGGAUAAAGGGAAUCUUACUGAAUUUAGACAAUUUGUGUAUUGUGUCAUCGUAAAACCUUCCAAACAAUCUCUCAAAGUAUAUGCAAUCCUAUUGGUUUCCAAUGAUGUUAUGUGUUUGGGACUGAUGGUGUGGGCCAGUGGCUUCAUGAUGUUAAUCUUGUUCAAACAUAAAAAGAGGGUCCAACAUAUCCACAAAUCUGUAUCUACUAAAUCAUUUCCUGAGACCAAAGCCACACAAAGAAUUCUUACCCUAGUGAGCAGUUUUGUGGUUUUUUAUGUAUCCUCUCUCGCCUUAAUGGUAUAUUUUUCUUUCCAGGAUGGAACAGGUGCAUGGCUGGUCAAUGCCAAUGUGGCCAUGAGUGCAAGCUUCUCAGCACUCUCACCCUUCCUGCUCAUCAGACACUAUAUCAGGGAUUUUCAUCUAGGCAGUACUCAAUAA